CCCGGCCGCGGCGGCUGUCACGGGGCUCGGGGCCGCGCCGCGCUCCUGCGGGGCGGGGGCGGCGCUGCGCGGGGCCCCGCGGCUUCCCCUCGGCGUGGCGGCCACCGCGAGCGCCCGGCGGCACCCGGGCCCCGCCACCAUGUUCAGGCGGAUCCUGCAGCGGACUCCAGGCAGAGUUGGGUCUCAGAGCUCUGAUUCUGAUUCAUCUGCCGCACCAGGAAAUGCUGUGGAUGUCAACAAUGAAGGCUCCUCUGAGGGCUUCAUCUGUCCACUCUGUAUGAAAGUGUGUGUAACUUCUACUGAUCUGUGUGAACAUUACGAGAAUGAGCACAUGGGGACAGAAGGAAGACAGGAGCUUCGUGACCUUCCAGCUGUUACUGGCUUUAUCUGUCCUCUCUGUAUGAAGUCUCAUGGAUCAGCUGAGGAGCUGUUCAAGCACUAUGAAGCGGUUCAUAAUUCUGGCAUUGAUUCAACUCGUGGAGGGGAAGGUCAUCUGUCACCGGAAAGAGAUGAAGUAUCACUGCUCCGACAAGAAGUACAAGACUUGCAAGCUUCACUGAAGGAGGAGAGGUGGUAUUCAGAAGAGUUGAAGAAAGAACUAGAAAAAUUGCAGGGGCAGCGGCAGCAAGAUUCUAAGUCUGAUGGAUUGACAACAUCUGCAUCUACAGAAUCAUUAGAACGACAACUAGAAGAGAUCCAAGUAGAAAAUUUUAACAUUAAGCAAAUGAAAGACUUAUUUGAGCAAAAAGCAGCACAACUGGCCACUGAAAUUGUGGAUCUUAAAGCAAAGUAUGAUGAAGAAAUCAGCCUUCGGGAAGGUGCAGAACAGAAAUUGACAAACCUAACACAAGAACUGCUGAAGGAGAGACGUACAAUAGAAGACUUAAAGACAGAGCUGCUACAAAGGCCUGGUGUGGAAGAUGUGGCCGUCCUGAAAAAGGAGCUGGUCCAAGUUCAGACGCUGAUGGACAAAAUGACUUUGGAGCGUGAGAGAGAAUCUGAAAAGCUGAAAGAUGAGUGCAAGCACUUACAGGCAGAGCAGGCGAACUCAGAGGCUACCAUUAAUCAGUUAAGAGCUGAACUUGCCAAAGGACCUCAGGAGGUAGCAGUGUAUGUUCAGGAGCUGCAAAAACUUCAAAGUUCAGUCAAGGAGCUAGAACAGAAAAACCAGAGUCUGAGUGAGAAGCUGCUGAAGAAAGAGCAGGAAUACAGCCAGCUAGAAGAAAAACAUGAUGAGAUAUCUGUGAGCAAAAAGAACAUGCAGGCAAGCUUUCACCAGAAGGACCUGGACUGCCAACAGCUUCAGGCGAAGCUGUCUGCAUCUGAAGCCUCGAUACAGAGAUUACAGACAGAACUAGGUGAGAAGGGAGAAGCAAGCCAGAAGCUUAAAGAAGAAUUAUCUGAAGUAGAGACAAAGUACCAGCAUCUCAAGGCAGAAUGCAAACAGCUCCAGCAGCAGAGGGAGGAAAAAGAACAGUAUGGCCUGCAGCUCCAGAGCGAGCUCAGUCAGUUGCACAGUAAACUUCUAGAAACAGAGCGCCAGCUAGGGGAAGCACAUGGGCGGCUUAAGGAACAGAGGCAGCUCUCCAGUGAAAAGUUAAUGGACAAAGAACAGCAGGUGGCUGAUCUGCAAUUAAAGCUUUCUCGUGCUGAAGAGCAGCUGAAGGAAAAAGCGGCAAAUUCCACGGAAUUGCAACAUCAGUUAGAUAAGGCAAAACAACAGCACCAGGAACACCAGACACUUCAACAAAACACAACAUCAAAGCUACGAGAAGCCCAGAAUGAUUUGGAGCAAGUACUACGGCAAAUUGGAGAUAAGGACCAAAAAAUUCAAAAUCUUGAGGCCUUGCUUCAAAAGAGCAAGGAAAAUAUCUCUCUACUUGAAAAGGAAAGAGAGGACUUGUAUGCAAAAAUUCAGGCUGGUGAAGGAGAAACUGCAGUUCUUAACCAGCUACAAGAGAAAAAUCAUGCAUUGCAGAUACAGGUAACUCAGUUGACAGAGAAGCUGAAGAAUCAAUCAGAAAGUCAUAAACAAGCCCAAGAAAAUUUGCAUGAGCAAGUGCAGGAGCAGAAGGCGCAUUUAAGAGCUGCUCAAGACCGUGUACUCUCCCUGGAAGCAAAUAUCACUGAGCUGAGCAGCCAGCUAAAUGAAAGUAAAGAGAAAGUAUCACAACUUGAUGUACAGGUAAAAGCAAAAACUGAAUUGCUGCUCUCAGCAGAAGCAUCAAAAGCUGCUCAAAGAGCCGACCUUCAGAAUCAUCUGGACACUGCCCAGCAUGCGUUGCAAGAUAAACAACAGGAGUUAAACAAGGUCAGCAGUCAGUUGGAUCAAGUUACCACUAAGCUGAAUGAUAAGCAGGAAUACUGUGCUCAGCUGGAAGCCAAUCUCAAAGAGCACAAAGAGCAAUGUCUUUAUUUAGAACAGAAAACCGAAGAGCUGGAGGGACAGCUUAAGAAACUUGAAGCUGACAUUCUUGAUGCUAAAACAAGCAAAGAACAAGCUCUUCAGGAAUUACAGCAGCAGCGACAGCAAUCUACGGAAUUAGACCUCCGAACAGCAGAACUGAGUAAACAACUUGAAGCGGAAAGAGAAGUCACGUCUAGUGCUAAAUUGGAUUUACAGAAGAAAUCUGAGGCCCUUGAACAAGCAAAACAACAAAUUUCAAAGCAGGAAGAGGAAAAUGCCAGCCUCAAACAGAACCUUGAGAAAUCAAGUCAAGAUACAAGUAAACAACUCAAGGAGUUAGACUGUAAAAUGCAACUAGCAACAUCGGAGUUGCAACAGGUGAAAUCAGAGAAGGAUGCCCUAUUAAAGGACCUUACAGCUACCAAAGAGAAGCUCUCAAAAAGUUCUGAAUCCUUCAAAAAAAAGAAAGAAGAAUUAGAAAAAGAAAUACAAAAAGAAAAAGCAGCUGUAGCAGAAAUGGAAAAAUCUUACCAAGAAGUAAAACAACAGCUCCAGGUACAAACAGAGUCUGUAGCUAAAGAGAGGAAUGAAUUGAAAAACUCACUGGAAAAAAAGGAGGGGAUCUCUAAGCAGUUGUCGAUAGAACUUGAUUCAGCACGUGCACAAGUACUGGAAAUUCAGGGUCUUCUGAAAGACAAAGAAAAAAGUGAGCAGCAUCUUCAGGGAAAGCUGAGAGACCUAAAGGAAUCUUUUGAGCAGAAGAAAAAACACAGUGAAACACUACAAGCUGAGUUAAAAACUGCCCUUUUAGAAAAGGCAGAACUGGAGAAUAAGCUGCAACAGCAGACAAUUUUGUCAGCUCAGGAGCUUAAAACAGAGAAAGGAAAACUAGCAGACUUACAGAAGACCUAUGAAAAAUAUAAGGAAAACAUGGAAAAACUGCAGCUGGAUCUUUACGGGAAAGAGUCUGAGUUGCUGGCGACCAGGCAGGACCUUAAGUCCACAGAAGAAAAACUUGCUCUUGCUCAAGAAGAGGUAGUUUCCAGCAGAAAUCGAAUUGCUAAUAAUAAUCAGCAGAUCCAGGAACUGAAGAAAGCAAAGUCUGCACUGGAACAGGAUGCAUCAAAGAAGGAGCAGCAGCUGGGUGAGAAGACCAAAAUGCUACAGGAUCUUCAGAAUGAUAGGAUUUUGAAAGAAAAAGACUUGGCUAAUGAAAAAUGUAAAACAACAGAGCUCCAGGAAAUAAAGAGUAGACUUGAAAAAGAAAGUGCCAAGCUGGGUGAAGAGCUCAGAGUCUGCAAGCAAGAAUAUGAGAAGGAGGUAUCAAAUCUCAAGGAUGCAAAACAGCUAUUGAUUCAACAGAAAUUAGAGCUUCAGAGCAAAAUAGAUCAUAUGAAUUCAGCUCUGGAGCAGGAGAAGAAAAACCAACAAGCUGUCAAAGAUCAGUUGAAAAAGAGAGAAGAAGAACUGAAGAAAGAAUGUGUUGAAAUUCAAGAUAAACUGCACACAGAGGUAAAAGAGAAAGAAGAAGAAAACCGGAAACAUGAGGAAAAGGAGGCCAAGCUCACCAUGCAGGUAACAGCUCUGAAUGAAAACCUGGCUACCAUGAAGAAAGAGUGGCAAAGCAGUCAGAGGCGAGUGAGCGAGCUGGAGAAACAGACGGACGAUUUACGUGGGGACAUUGCUGUCUUGGAAGCGACAGUGCAGAAUAACCAGGAUGAGAGAAGAGCAUUGCUGGAGAGGUGUAUAAAAAGUGAAGGAGAAAUUGAAAAGCUUCAAGCCAAACUUGUAGAAAUGAAGAAAAAGUUGGACAACACUACUGCGGCAAUGCAGGAGCUAGGCCGAGAAAACCAGUCAUUACAGAUCAAACACACCCAAGCUCUCAACAGGAAAUGGGCAGAAGACAACGAGGUACAGAAUUGUAUGGCCUGUGGAAAAGGCUUUUCAGUGACAGUGAGAAGGCAUCACUGUAGACAGUGUGGAAAUAUUUUCUGUGCUGAGUGCUCAGCAAAGAAUGCCUUAACUCCUUCCUCUAAGAAGCCUGUUCGGGUCUGUGAUACUUGCUUUAAUGACUUGCAAGGAUAACUGGCUAUCGUGAGAGACAAAGAAAUGUUACGCUAAAAUUUAUAAUUUCUGUUGAUGCACUUCAUUCUGCACUCAGACUACUAUUCAGUUUGGACAAUGAUUGUAACACUUGGCAAAAUUUAGUAUAUUUUAAAAUGUUUAUUGAUACCAAGUAAAACUAUUGUAUUUUUUGUGAGAUAUGGGCUCAGAUCACCCAUAGCUUAUUGCCAUUUAUCCUGGAAAGAGCUUCUAUGUCUAGAUUAGAAAUACCAAGUUAUUUGUAAAUAAAGUUUAAACAGAGGAGUAACAAUGUAUUUUUUUAUCUUUAUUUUUUUUGUUCAAGAGAAAACGCGUUUAUGUGAUAUUGCAGUUUAUUCUUGUUUCCUUCAAUGGAAAAGGAGGAUGCAAAAAUUUGUGAGGAUUUUGUGUAUCAAAUGUUGCUGUAAUAGCAUAACUAAUUGUUGCAUUUGAUUACGUAUCUCAUGUUCUUUAUAACCCCUUUGUUUUGCUUUCUCUCUCUCUGGUUCUUGGACUUUUCUCUCUGAAGUUGUAACUCCGCAGUGAGGGUAAUGGGCUGGACUCAACUCUGUUUUAUUUGCCUGCUUAGAACUUGUAGUGUCAGCACCUGAGUUCUUUCCCAGCUACAGCACUUGGAUACUGGAAUAUCUUUACACAUUCUGUACUGCAUUGUGUGUGUGUGCGUGUGUCUGUGCCUGUAUGUGUGAAUUAAUGAUGUGACCAAGUUUAGUGGGCAUUGUAGGAGUACUACACAAAGCUCUCCCGUAUUAAUCGAUUUCACUUUUACAUGUUUGAUGAAUGGAUUUUAAUAUUCCAGAAGCCCUUUAUAUGCAGGUUUUAAAUAGUAAACAAACAAGGCAGGUAGUAGCCUAUAGCCCGUCUGACCCUCUGCCCAUACUCUGGAAGCCCCAAGAAGUCCUUGUGGUUCUCAGGGAUGUCCAGAAAUGCCUCACUAGGUAUCCUGCUAAGAAAAGCUCUUUUUUUUAGAGGGUGCUGCAGUUUAGGUGACCUUUUCUCCUAUCCCUUCCUUCAGCUUUUGGUGGAACAAGUUGAACUCCUGCUACCCCUAACAAACAUCACUUUUCCAUUGUUCCUUCUGUCCACCAUUGCUAAAGGUUCUUAAAUGGUGUGUGAAUUCUAUGAUUUAGUUUGCUUAGGAUGGUGGUUAAAUUCUCCUGGUGCUGGCUUAGUUAUAAGCACACAACUCUAAAUAAACAGGCCAACAUAUAUGGUUCUAGAGCAUAGAAGCAUAGAAUGGCUUGGGUUGAAAGGGACCUUUAAAGGUCGUCCACUCCACCCCUCCUGCACAGGACCCUAGAUCAGGUUGUUCAAAGUCCCAUCCAGCCUGACUUUGAACACUUCCUUUGAACGUCAGUGGAAAUUGAUGGGACGGCCACAGCGCCUCUGGGGAACCUGCUCCAGCGUCUCAUCACCUUGUAUUUGUUCAUAUUUCCUUUUCUGUACUUACUACAGAGGUUUCCUGCUGAGUUCAUAUAGACUGCUCUUUUUGUUGUGCUUUUAUUUACACCUGUUUCUUCUUGCCUGCCUGUGUCUAAAUUUUCCUCCCUUUGAAAGGAGUAUCUGGUAACUGGCCUCAAAACCAUUAAGGUUAUUUCUUCUGAUCCGGGAUUAUGCCUUCCAAUACUUAGGGACCGUUAGUCUUCGUUAUCCUAGUAAACUCUCUACAACCCAAGCCCUUCUCUGUCUUACAAAAUUGUGCCAGCUGUUCAGAGAAAAGGACUAUGCCCUCAAUUCUUCUAAUUCUUGCCUUCCAAGGUAAGGAAACACAUUCUGUUACAAUGAUAGAUGCUUAGCCAUCUUUAGGCAGAUUUAUUUACUUUUAUGUAUUGACAGCUUUUUAUGUGAAUGAAGAGGAGCCUCUUUUAUGAAAAAUGUCUAGUCCUGACUAACUCUCAAGUGAAAAGACUUGUUAAUCCCUAUUCCCCAGUAAUGAUCUAUAUGUUUCAUAUCCCAUCUUAGCUUACCCAUCUAGUUCUAAAUUUGCAUCCUCAAGGAGUCAUCUUAAAAUGUAAUUCUUAUUAUUCCUUAUGCUUGGAAUACACACAUGGUUAUGUGCAGUACUUACCAGCUUUUCUAGUUCAAACUUCUGAGAUUUGUUUGCUUGAAAGAAACAAGUGCUGUAAUGAUUCUGUAUGAAUAGAUCCUGUGGGCUUGCUGCUUGUCCUUGUCAGGGUAACUGAUUGGAAUAAGAAUUCUUUGACUGGAAAGUAUGAACAGAAUCUCUGCCUCUGGGGAUUUUUUUCUGUUCAAUUACUUACUGAUGGAAUCCAAAGAGUUUGCUUUCAAGCCUUUCUCUGUCUGAUACGUGGCUUCAGAAAUCUGGCAAAGAUGUCACAGUCUUGCUUCUUCCUAGGUACGCACCAUCCGGUUGUGUAACACACAGAGUGUACAGAUUUUAGGGUGAAGGACAACCAUGUAGAAUGGAGGGGAUUUUAAGAGGGAAGAGAGAAACCUCCCACAACUGCAUGAAGGACAAAACGUAUGUGGUGAACGAAGAUGGAAGUUUCUCAGGGGGAGCUAGGGAAAUGGUUGAAAGAUCCGCUUGUGUUUAGAUGUUUUACUUUUGAACAGAGGAGAGAGCUCUACAGGAAAGAGGAAAUGGUAGAAGCUCUGCUAUCAUUGUUCGUGAUUUUGGGAUGCUGUGCUGUAAAGACAAGCAAAGUCAUCUCACUCAGCUGGCUGCUGAAUAAGUGUGUUCGGUUGGUCACCAGACAACUCAGGAGUUGGACGUUGGACUUGAUGAUCCUUAUGGGUCCCUUCCAACUCGGGAUAUUCUAUGAUUCUAACUCAGGAUGGAGCUUCCCAGCUUCAAGGUGAAACCAGCUCAAUUUCUGAAGGCUUCUUUUUGCUGACUGAUGUGUGUGGCUGACUUCUUGAGGGGACAGAAAUACUUUUCAAAUACACAGUUGUAGAAAGAGGGAUUGCUAAGGUCAGGAGGAGCAGUACUGAGGUAGAAACUUUGAGGUUUGAGACUGAAGCAAAGUUAGGAGUUCUGCAGCUUUUCACUGGAAUAAAUUAGUGGCUUCAUUGUUAAAUCUUAUGCUCCUACUCUUGUGUUUAUGAUUUUUAGUGCAGGUCUGUAUUCUCUGACAAUUUGUUGGUAUGAUAGACCACAUAAUACUGGCUGCCAUGAUGAAAGUUGUGCUCAAGCUCAGUAAAAUGACCUAAGGGUAUUACUAUUUAUAUAAGGAAAACUUGAAGGUGAAAAGUGUUGUAUUUGUAAAUGUGCUUAUAGAUUCUGACUGCUUUGAAGGGUAUGUUGUCAGUAAGAUGUGGGUUUUUUGUUGCACUCCUUUCAAAUAUAAAUAAUAGGAAAACCUAGCAAAAAGUCUGCUAGGUUUUACCACACUGAGAUAAAGGACUCUGGACAAAGUAGUUAAAUGCACUGAUUUUUCAGACUACAAACAUGGAAACAGAGGAAAAAAAUGGCAGAAGAGACUAGAACAUGGAACCAGAAGGUGAAAACGUGUGGUGAUGUGUUUUAGCAGCCUUUAGCAAGAACCACAUAGCUCUGAUUCACCAAGGAGAGGCCAUUGUAGAGUAAGAUGUCAAGAGGAAAAAUGGUGAAACCAAUGCUUGAAUCAGAAAGUAUGUGGGAUCCCUGAGCUGCCUUUAAUUGCCAGCCAUUACCGUGGCAUCAGAAAUUGAACAGUGAAGCAUGGGACUCGUUCCUGAAGCUGUGGAUAGAGUGUCUUCAGGAGGACAUUCAGCAUCUCUGGUGAAGCAGAAUCUGAAACACCAACUGCUGCAUGGGCUGAGACAAUCUACCAAGUCAUUUGGAGAAGCAUAAAAGAUGGUCUUGCUAAGGAUGGGGAGAGGUUCUUUUAACUGUUUGGAGAUGCUGCAUCUCUUCCCAAACAGCCACAAUCCCUUGGGUUGUUGUCUCCAAAAUGCCAAAUCCCCACUGUUUUAUUCCGGCCUCAUGUCAACAAUGCAUACUUCAUAUUUUCAUACUGCAGUCCCCAUGUAGGCAGAGAGCACUGCAGGGUUCAGUGGCAAGCUUUUGAUCUUAGCUGGAUAUGCUUCACUGUUAUUUCUUCUCCCCAUGUAUUCCUUCCCUCCAAUAACCUUCCCCUUUCUGCAAAGGUUUAACAAAGAUUAUAAAACUGAGUCACAGUAGGAAAAAUUGCUGUCUGCAGAUAAAGAGGCAAAGGGAAGUUUCUGCUGCUACUUCCAGCAGAGACAAGAGGUUUAGAGGGAUCUCAUUUUUCGUCUGGCUUUGCUCUGGCACAAGAGUUCAAUGCUCUACUAUAGAGUGCAGUUUUUUUCCUCUGUUUUUGGAAAGUAUUAAGUAACCAAGUUGUUGUGGAGUGUGGAGUGCUAGGCAUGCAAGAGCAAUGAAUGUUUUUGUUGGUUUUGGGGCCAUUAGGUUUAUUUGUGAAUCCUCACUAGAAAACCUUUCUUAGUGAAGCAAGAGGGUAUUUGGGAGUGGAAGCAUGAAGUAACCUCGCUGUUUGUAUCACAUAUUAGCAAGAAUAAUUGUUUCUACUAUGCUAGAUGUAAAAGAAGUUGUAUUCCUAAAGCAGGGACUGGAAAAAAAGUAUUUUUCUAGAUUGUUCAAUGUCAGUUAAAUGGAAAGUUGAAACAAAUGCUUUUUGCAAAACUUAAAAAUUUAUGACCAGUACUCAGUGGCAGACAGAAAACUGCUGAAGCUGGAGCUCAAAUAGAGCACGAACUAUGUCAGGAAGAAUGAUACCGUGGUUUGAGUAUGCUAAAACUGUUAAAUUACUCCUCCAAGUACCACCCCUUCCACUCAUAUUCUUGUGGGACUAGAAAAUAACACUGUCAUUUGCACUAUGCACUUUUUGCUGUCUAACUGAAUAUAAUCUCCAAGAAGCGGAAUGGCACUGCUGGCGUUGCGUGUGCUAGCUGUAAUCAGUGGGCAGAAGGUUUAUCUUCAGCUGGACUUUCACUGCAUUACAUUUGGCCCCUUGCUAUGUAAGGAGAAUUGCACUCAUAAUUACUUUGUACCAAAAAUAAGGUCAUCAUCCGGGAGCACAUGUAACAAGAAAAUUCAUGUAGUCACUCACAUGUUGUCUUUGUAGAGCUUCAUUUUAAGCUUAUAAAGUGAAUAUACAUUAAUUUUAUGUAUUUUCAAGGUUCUUGCCAGUUGUCUAGUCCUUCAUUUUUGAAGUAUUGACCUCACCAUCCCUUUUAGGAUAAGUUUAAAAUUAUUGUCUGACCACAGCCUCUCUUUGAAAACACUAAGUGGUCUACUUUUCAAAAACCAGCAAUAAUUGGAUAGUAAAGUCCCUCCACAGAAACUCAGUUGUGUUUCUCUCUCUCUUUUUGUAAAGUGGCACUGAAUAAAGAGCUUUGUAUCUUUAGAGAGAACACAAGAUGCCACUCAGAAUCACAGUAAGAAAGAGAAUAGACACUGGUUAAUGUAAUAAGCUCUGCCUUUUGUCUGCAGUGUGCCAUAUACUAUGCACUUGCUGUGCGGCAGAUACAGGCGUACCUGCUCAUGUGGAGAUUACUGAAGCCCUGCUAACCCCUUUAGAUCAACGUUACUAUGAAAGCAGAAGCCUGGUAGUCAUGUUUUCCGACUUUGCCUCCCCCUGUGACCUAAACUGAAAAACAAAUUCACCCCUGUUUCCUGCCUUUUUAGGGUAAAGAAGGCUGGGAACAGUGUUCAGUGUUAAAUGUCGACAGGCCAGCACUGGCAGGUCUGGGCUCCUGCUGCUGGGUUUAUGGCGAAGUGCUCUGCUGUAUCACGCUAAGUCUUGAAUCCUGGCACAGGAGGGACGUUUAGAAGAAUGUCUCGCUGAGUGAGCAAAUACCAGAACUUUUUAUAGUAAUGUGUCCAAAAUGCUGCUUGUAUAGGAUUUGUCACUUUUGUAAGAAAAGGAAAAAAAAAAUCAGAAAAAAAAUAAAAAUCAUGAAACCCCACCAUUUGAUGCCGUUACUUAAGAUUUCAUUUGAACUACCUCUCAGUGUGAAACUCAAACACUAGGUAAGUUUAAUAGGAUUUGCUCACUGUCACGUUAUGUAAAAGUUAUAGUGAAAGCCAAAAUUGCAAAAGUUUAUCACCAAAAAAAAAAAGUUUUUUUUUUUUUUUAAUAUGUUUGGAAGUAUCCAAUAGUUUCAAGUUACUGUAAACUCUGUUGAAUUCUUUUAACCUCUGUAAUUUCAAUCUUGCAAACUCUAGCUGCUGGACAGGAAAUAAAUCAUAACCACAACCUUUCAUAAUCACGGUCUGCUGGGUAAAAACAAUUUUGUAUACAGCUUUGUCAUUUGACUAUGGAUAACCUCAUUCACCAAAUGUACCAUUAAUUUAGCAUUUUUUUCCUUCAAUACGCAAGAUGUGAACUUGAUGAAUGGUUUCUGUAAUGGAUGCGUGCCACAAGUAGCAUUGUGCUGUUUGCCUCUUUUCAGCAUUUUAUUGAUUGGUUUAUUAUUGCAGAUGUGAAUAUCACACAACUUAUUUUCUGUAGAAUUGUAUAAAAUAUAAAUGGAAGAAGUUUUAAGUUCUUACCCAGUAUUUAGAGGUAAUGUAUUAUAAUAGCCUUAUGAUGCAAUUUUACCUACAGAGUACUGCACUUCUUUUAAACUGGAUCAUACCAUCUUGGUAGGUGUAGAUAAAUUUUGCAUGAAUGUGUUUGGAUUUUGUUUCUUUUUCAUUGGAGUUUGAUUCUUAAGUUCUAUUUUCAGUGUUUGUGUUUACUACUCGUGAUCAUGUAGUUGUGCCUUACAUUGUGAAAAAAAAUUAGUCCAGCGUGCACUGUAAUUGCUAAACUCUGCGAUUUGGAAGGUGGCUGUGGAUUUGGAUGAGUAAAUGACACCAUGCAUCAACCAGUUCUGUAUAAACUAUGAUGAAAUGUUAUUGAAAUGUAAUUUUUGUUUUCUAACCUGUUACAGGAAUGAUGAAUGACAAUAAAAGAAAAAAUUAGACCUUUCUAA